AUGACUGUGAUCUUGACGCAGCAAUUUUCAGUCGAUGAACAGGUCCCGGAAAAUCUGCCGCCCGAAAUGCAGCGUCUUGAACAGACCCGAAUGAGAGUCCUCGAGACCACCAGAGCGUACCUGGGCACCAACUUCCAGUUACGAGUUAAUACGCAAGAGCGACGAGGCGACGUCAGCGAAUCGCAGGUGUGUCAAUCCCAGGGCCGAACCGGCGUAGAAGGUAGUAGCACGCAAGUUCCGCAAAAGUCCGACCCCAAGUCAAGGACGAGGGAGAACGAGGCUGGGACCAACGACGACGGUGUCCUCCGAGAUUGGCUUGCCCCAGAGGCUCUUUGA